AUGUCUUCGGAUAAGAUAGACGCGUUCCUAAGUCAGUUAUCGAGUACAGACGUAUCUAAACUUCCAGACCUUAUUCAGUCUAUCACCGAAUGUCCAGGUUUGUUCGUCUUCGGCGAGUUUCUUGAUCAUCCGAAAAUUAAAUCGAUCGAGAAUGGAGAAUAUUCUCAGUAUUAUAAUUUGCUGAACCUAUUUUGCUACGGAACGUUUGAAACAUUAUCUAAUAACCGAUCUGCGUAUCCUGACUUGCGACCAACUCAAGUUCGGAAGCUAAAGCAGCUAUCUAUAAUUGACGAAGCUCACAACCAGAAAUAUAUACCGUAUGAUCUUUUGUAUAAGAAGCUUGGUAUUACAUCUUCAAGAGACCUUGAAGACCUCGUCAUAGAACUCUUUUAUCUUGAGGCUGUAACAGGCAAGCUUGACCAACAGAAAGCAUUGUUGGAGGUCAGCUCUGCUAUUGGACGUGAUAUACGUAUUGAACAGAUAGGUGAACUGCAUCAAAAGCUGGACGCAUGGGGCAUUCGAGUGGAGGCUGUUUUGGCUCAUAUAGCCAAUGAAAUAAAGAUGGUCAAUGAUCGGCGACGUGAAUCAGAGUUACAUCAAAAGGAGAUCUUAGAGGCAUCUUUGUCUAUCAAAGAGGCAUUGCGGGGCCAAAUGGCGAAAUCAGACGCUCACAGUUUACGGAUGGAUAUGGACGACAUACUUAUUCAUCCAGAUUUAUUAGGGAGUCGUGUAGAAGCAUCUCGUCAAAGUUCAAGCAAUACUGAAAGUGUCGGGGAUCGUGAUGUCCGCAGUCGAAUAACUGUCUUUAAAAAUCUUCGGCAUGGUUUAAUCAAUAUCCUUCACAUAGCUGGAGAGUGA